UGCAGUGCGGGACGCUGCGCCCGUACCGGGGCGGCGGGUGAAGACUAGGAGGCGGGAGGCGCGGAGGCUGAGGUGCGUCCGCGCUGGUGGGCCGAAAAAGGUGGACCAUGACUGUGGCUUCGGUGGCUUCAUUCGCUGGGCUGCUCUUCCUGCGGUUUUCCUAAACCAUUCCCUGGUGGAACCGCUCCCAGCUUUUGUCUGCAAGUGCUUGUAGGAAAGAUGGCUGACAUUAACCUCAAAGAAGUAACCUUAAUAGUAGGUGUAAUUACUGCCUGCUAUUGGAACAGCCUCUUUUGUGGUUUUGUUUUUGAUGAUGUUUCAGCAAUACUGGAUAAUAAAGACCUACAUCCAUCUACACCUUUAAAAACCUUAUUUCAAAAUGACUUCUGGGGAACCCCUAUGUCUGAGGAGAGAAGCCACAAGUCUUACCGUCCCUUAACAGUGUUGACAUUUCGCUUAAAUUACCUAUUUAGUGAAUUAAAACCAAUGUCAUAUCACCUCCUAAAUAUGAUUUUUCAUGCUGUGGUUAGUGUGAUAUUUCUUAAAGUCUGCAAACUUUUUCUGAAGAACAGGAGUAGUAUGAUUGCUUCGUUACUUUUUGCAGUGCACCCAGUACACACAGAAGCAGUAACAGGAGUUGUAGGAAGAGCAGAACUUUUGUCAUCUAUCUUUUUUCUAGCUGCAUUUUUGUCAUAUACCAAAUCAAAAGGACCAGAUAAUUCCAUAGUGUGGACUCCAAUUGCAUUGACGGUGUUUUUAGUGGCUGUUGCAACAUUGUGUAAAGAACAAGGAAUAACCGUUGUGGGAAUUUGCUGUGUGUAUGAAGUGUUUAUUGCCCAGGGGUAUACUUUGCCAUUAUUAUGUACUGCUGCAGGACAGUUUCUCCGUGGAAAGGGUAGUAUACCAUUUUCUAUGCUGCAGACACUAAUAAAACUCAUUGUCUUGAUGUUCAGUACAUUAUUACUUGUUGUGAUUAGAGUCCAGGUCAUUCAGUCCCAACUUCCAGUAUUCACCAGAUUUGAUAACCCAGCUGCUGUAAGCCCAACUCCUACAAGGCAGCUAACUUUUAACUACCUCCUUCCUGUGAAUGCUUGGCUUCUAUUAAACCCUUCAGAGCUCUGCUGUGAUUGGACCAUGGGAACAAUACCACUUAUAGAAUCAUUACUGGACAUUCGAAAUCUGGCCACAUUUACUUUCUUUUGUUUUCUGGGGGCUUUGGGAGUAUUUAGUCUCCGAUACCCUGGUGAUUCUUCCAAGACAGUUCUAAUGGCACUUUGUUUAAUGGCAUUACCAUUUAUUCCUGCCUCAAACCUUUUUUUUCCAGUUGGAUUUGUUGUUGCCGAGCGAGUAUUAUAUGUUCCUAGCAUGGGGUUCUGUAUUUUGGUAGCCCAUGGAUGGCAGAAAAUAUCAAACAAAAGUGUUUUAAAAAAGCUGUCCUGGGUUUGUCUGUCUGUGGUGAUACUCACCCAUGCCUUGAAAACACUCCACAGAAAUUGGGACUGGGAGUCUGAAUAUACAUUGUUCAUGUCAGCCUUGAAGGUAAAUAAAAAUAAUGCCAAACUAUGGAAUAAUGUGGGUCAUGCUUUGGAAAAUGAAAAGAAUUUUGAAAAAGCUUUAAAAUACUUCUUACAGGCUACCCAUGUUCAGCCAGAUGAUAUUGGUGCCCACAUGAAUGUAGGAAGAACUUACAAAAAUUUAAACAGAACCAAAGAAGCUGAAGAAUCUUACAUGAUGGCUAAGUCACUGAUGCCUCAGAUUAUUCCUGGUAAAAAAUAUGCAGCUAGAAUUGCCCCCAACCACCUAAAUGUUUAUAUCAAUCUGGCUAACCUGAUUCGAGCAAAUGAGUCCCGACUGGAAGAAGCAGAUCAGCUGUACCGACAAGCAAUAAGCAUGAGGCCCGACUUCAAACAGGCUUAUAUUAGCAGAGGAGAAUUGCUUUUAAAAAUGAAUAAACCUCUCAAAGCAAAGGAAGCAUAUCUUAAAGCCCUAGAGCUGGACAGAAAUAAUGCAGACCUUUGGUACAACUUGGCAAUUGUACAUAUUGAACUUAAAGAACCAAAUGAAGCUCUGAAAAACUUUAAUCAUGCUUUAGAACUAAAUCCAAAGCAUAAACUAGCAUUAUUCAAUUCUGCUAUAUUAAUGCAAGAAUCAGGUGAGGUUAAACUCAGACCAGAAGCUAGAAGACGACUUCUAAGCUAUGUAAAUGAAGAGCCACAAGAUGCUAAUGGCUAUUUCAACUUGGGAAUGCUUGCUAUGGAUGACAGCAAGGACACUGAAGCAGAAAUUUGGAUGAAGAAAGCCAUAAAAUUACAAGCUGACUUCAGAAGUGCUUUGUUUAACCUUGCUCUCCUGUAUUCUCAGACUGCAAAAGAAUUAAAAGCUUUGCCAAUUUUGGAAGAGUUACUCAAAUACUAUCCUGAUCAUAUCAAGGGCCUCAUCUUAAAGGGAGAUAUCCUGAUGAAUCAGAAAAAAGAUAUACAUGGAGCAAAAAAGUGUUUUGAAAAGAUUUUGGAGUUGGAUCCAACCAAUGUGCAAGGAAAGCACAAUCUUUGUGUUGUUUAUUUUGAAGAGAAGGACUUACUAAAAGCUGAAAGAUGCCUGGUUGAAACAUUGGCAUUAGCACCACAUGAAGAGUAUAUUCAGCGCCAUUUGAGUAUAGUCAGGGAUAAAAUUUCUUCGUCUAGUUUUGCAGAACAGUCAAUAUUCCCAGCUGAUAAGACUUCAGUUGUAGAAGAAGGAGACAGAAUUCCAACUGAAAGUGUAAAUGGAAUUUUAAGUGAAUCCAGACCAACACAAAUAAUAAAAACAGGUGAUAAUAAAAGUCAGUCUAAAUCUAAACAAUUAGGAAAAAAUACAGACAAAGAGAUGCCCCACAAAACAACGAAAGACAUCAAAGAAAUUGAAAAGAAAAGAGUUGCUGCUUUAAAAAGACUAGAAGAGAUUGAACGUAUUUUAAAUGGUGAAUAGCAUUAUUAUUUAUAAUGUGUCAAGUCUGUAUCAUGUGAUUGCUUGUACCAAGAGCCCAGAAAAUUAUCAAGGAUCCCUAACAGUCUGUCAUGAGCUUUCUCAACAUAGAUCAGAACAUUUUCAUUUAAUGAUGUGUCUUACCCCAGGAUAUGUGUUUCAUAAAAGUUUUAAUAAAUUUGGGUGAAUAUGGCAGAAAUAUUAAAUUACAGGUGACACAUUUGAAACUUUUAUUAUAAAAGAAAGAUUUUUCUGGCACAAUAAUCUUUAGUACUCAAUUAAAAAUUUUUUCGGGCCUGGAUGAUACUCCCUUGAGG